UACGCAUUAAGACCAAGAGUAGAAGCGGAAAUUGAACGAUUGCUCCAACAGGGAGUGAUCUCCCCAGUUCAAUUCAGUGAUUGGGCGACCCCCAUUGUCCCUGUCAUUAAGAAGAAUGGUGGCGUGAGAAUUUGUGGGGAUUUCAAAGUCACAGUAAAUCCAGCUUUAUGCGUUGAACAUUAUCCAAUACCUCGCAUUGAGGAUUUGUUUGCAUCGCUGUCUGGAGGACUUCGUUUUAGCAAACUGGAUCUAUCACAGGCUUAUCUGCAGGUGCCUGUGAGUGAAGACUCGCGGAAAUAUCUCACCAUCACCACUCACAAGGGCAUGUUUUGCUUCAAUCGCUUACCAUUCGGAAUUACAUCUGCACCCUCAAUUUUUCAAAAGAUCAUGGACCAAGUGCUACAAGGGCUCCCCAAUGUUCACUGCUUUCUUGAUGACAUCCUCGUCACAGGCCGAAAUGAUGCCCAUCAUCUGGAAAACCUGGAGGCCGUACUCAGUCGGUUGGAAAAAUUCGGACUAAGAGUCCAAAAGGAGAAGUGUGAGUUUUUCAGAGACUCUCUAGAGUACCUAGGCCAUAUCAUUGAUGCAACAGGACUUCACAAGUCACCUGACAAAAUGUGUGCCAUUGUGGAUGCUCCAUUGCCAACCAACACAAGCCAGUUGCGCUCUUUUCUAGGACUCAUUAAUUACUAUGCACGCUUUGUUCCGAAUCUGUCCACGCUUCUCCACCCUUUAAAUGGUCUACUGCACAAAGACAUUAAGUGGGAAUGGUCAAAGGAAUGUGAUGAGGCAUUUCGCAAGGCAAAAGAGCAGCUCUCUAGCAAGAGCAAUUUGACCCAUUAUGAUCCACAACUUCCUGUGAUUCUGGCCUGCGAUGCCUCGCCUUAUGGAGUUGGAGCGGUCAUUUCCCAUCGAAUGCCAGGUGGUAAAGAAAGACCCAUAGCCUUCGCUUCUAGAACGCUGAGCAAAGCUGAGCAAAACUACGCCCAAAUUGAACGAGAAGCCUUGGGAAUAAUUUUUGGAGUCAGGCGUUUUCACUCUUAUCUGUAUGGACGGCACUUCAUUUUGCUCACAGAUCACCGUCCUUUAACGACCAUACUGAGCCCUAGCAAGGCAAUUCCUUCAAUGGCUGCAGCGAGACUGCAGCGAUGGGCACUCAUACUAGCAGCACAUAACUAUACUAUCAAGUACAGACGUGCUGCUGACCAUGGCAACGCUGACGGUUUGUCUCGCCUGCCGCUUCCUGUGCAACAUAAGGAAAAACCAGGGACAAUUGACACGUUCCUUGUUAACCACCUAGAAUGUCUACCAAUUCGCUGUACUGAUGUAAGAAGAGAAACCAGGUCGGAUAUCACACUUUCACAAGUCAUGGAGAUGGUGUCAACUGGCCGUUUUCCGGCCACCAAAGGCUCUGACAGUAGCCUGAUGCCAUAUCUAGUACGGAAGGAUGAGCUGACAACGAGUCAGGGCUGCCUCCUGUGGGGUAAUAGAGUAAUUGUGCCUCCAAAGUUGCGUAAACAGGUGUUAGAGGAACUUCAUACAGGGCACCUCGGAGUGGUUAAGAUGAAAGCCGUGGCGCGAAACUACGUGUGGUGGCCGGGCCUCGAUGCUCAAAUCGAGGAGAAAUGCAAGACCUGCUUGCCGUGUCAGCGCACGCAGAAAACACCAUGCCUCACUCCUCUUCACCCAUGGCCAUGGCCCACAGCCCCAUGGCAGCGUAUUCACGUUGAUUUUGCUGGCCCAUAUGAGGGGCGCAUGUUUCUCGUAGUGGUCGACGCCCACUCCAAGUGGCCAGAGGUCAUCUUAAUGGAAGCAACCACUUCAGCGAAGACUAUCCAGGCAUUAAGAGGUCUGUUCAGCCACUAUGGAGUACCAGAGGUGCUUGUCAGUGAUAAUGGGCCACAGUUCACAUCUGAGGAGUUUGCCACCUUUUUAAAGUCAAAUGGCAUUAAGCAUGUGCGCUCGGCUCCUUUUCACCCGGCAACGAACGGUCUGGCUGAACGCUUUGUACAGACUUUUAAGCAUUCUCUUAAAUCAUCAAAGGGAACUUCAUCAGUUCAGAGGCGACUGGAUGCUUUUCUGCUUCAAUAUAGGAACACUCCCCAUUCAACUACUCAGGAAGCACCAGCCAUGCUGUUUUUACACCGCAAGCUUCGCACUCGUCUGGAUCUGCUGAAACCGAGUGUGGCUGCGGUGGUGGAUCAGGCACAAGACGCCCAGCGCAGUUACCGAGCUGUGCACUCUAAAUCUAGGUCUUUCAGCGUCGGCGAUCCAGUCCUGGUCCGGGAUUACCGGUAGGGGGAGGAAAAGUGGACACCAGGAACCGUUACAUCUCAGGCUGGCCCAGUAUCGUACCAGGUCAGUGUUGGAUCAACACAUAGGUGGAACCGGCAUGCAGAUCAAAUGUUGUCUUGCCAUCCCAACAUCAUCCAAUCUCCAGUUGAUGAACCACCGACACUCAGCACUGACAGCCUGCCAGACCCCUCCGACACAGGUAAAGAGCUGGAAGCCUCCAUCCCAGUCAGGGAGGGGGACAAUCCUCCAUCAGGUCAGUCAGACAUCGCCCCCACUGACACUCCAGCAACACCCCAACAGACACUUAGCAGGUUCCCGAGCCGGAACCGCAAACCACCAGAUAGACUGACUCUUUAAUCAACUGGUGAAUGAUUUGUUAUCUGUUCAGUUAGAGAGUGUUGUCUCAAGCAAAGGGCAGAAUAAUCCCUUGACACACUCAAGGUGAUGGGGCAGUCUACCCCGAUCCUUAGUUUAGAUAUUUUGUUGGUCUGAGACAUGUUGUGUAUAUAAGUU